AUGGCAACUCUUCAGGAUGCCUUUGUUGCGAAUGCCGCAGGUGCCCCGUACCCAGAUCUUGGUCCGUACUUCUCUCCGCCGGAAAAUCCGCAACAACAUGGCAUCUGCACGAAUCAGAAAGUCCACAGUGCUGACUAUAUGAAUUUCUCCAUAUUCGGCAUGGCCAUCAUCUUCUCAGUUGGUGGCCUCAUCAUAAUUGCGUCCUACACCAUUGAACCUUUUGUCGGUUGGCUGCAGAAACGACGGAGGCUGGACUCAUACUCACGCCUUGAGUGGUGUACCAACGAGACAACUCAGUUACAGCGACUGGCUAACGAGGAAAUCGGGCUGGGCGUCUGGGACCGCAUUGACGAGACGAUUCCAGUGACAGGGAGAGGCGAUUUACUGGCUGUUCUGGAUCUGACGGAUCCGAAGCAUCCCCGUCUGAGAGCGCCACCGGUACCGUAUGAGGAUGAGUUUCACGUUGGAUCACUGAAAGUUGCUCAGGAUAGCCCGGAACCCGGUGAGGCCGACCAAGAUAAGAUUGUUCGUGAGGAUAUUCAAGAAACUGAAGAAACGACCAUGGAAACGCAGGUUCGCCAGGACAGUGAGGAGGAUGCCCGGGCUCAGGACUUCCAAGCGAACGGUCCGGUAUCACAUCGUUAA